AUGCUGUUAUCACGUGCGCCUCUGCGGCUAUUGAAGCCCAUUGGCGUUUCAAUACGAAGCCUGGCAACGCAUGCGAAAAGCAAGAACAAAAAGCUCCCCCUCGCCGGCUUGAAAGUGCUCGAUCUAAGUCGGGUUCUGGCAGGACCAUACUGUACCCAAAUACUAGGCGAUCUUGGCGCAGACAUCAUUAAAAUUGAACACCCUGUACGCGGGGAUGAUACACGCGCCUGGGGCCCUCCUUAUGCACCAUACAUUGACGGCCGAGAAGGGCCUGGCGAGAGUGCUUACUACCUUUCCGUAAACCGCAACAAACGCUCCUUAGCCCUCUCCUUCGCUCAUCCCCAAGGCCAAAAUAUCCUGCACAGACUAGUGAGAGAAGCAGACAUCCUCGUCGAAAACUACAUUCCCAACAGCCUCGCAAAAUACAAGCUCGACUACCCGACCCUGUCGACCAUAAACCCUUCUUUGAUCUACACCUCCAUCACAGGGUAUGGUCAGACAGGGCCCUACAGCAACAGGCCUGGUUUCGACGUAAUGGUUGAAGCGGAGUUUGGGCUGGCACAUCUGACAGGGAGUAAAAAUGGCCCGCCGGUGAAGGUUGGUGUUGCGGUUACGGAUCUCACGACGGGUCUUUAUGCGGUGCAGAGUAUCCUUGCAGCACUCUGGCAGAGGGCGCAGAGUAAAGAGAACGGAGAGGCUGGAAAAGGAGAAGGACAGCACUUGGAUGUUUGUCUCAGUGAUUGCCAGGUUGCGACGCUGGCGAAUAUGGGGCAGGGGCCUCUUAUCUCAGGACAGAAGGAUAGUGGAAGAUGGGGAACCGCGCAUCCAUCCGUCGUUCCCUACCAAUCCUUCGCCACAGCGGACGGGGACAUCUUCGUUGGCGGGGCGAACGACAAGCUCUUUGGAAUCCUUUGCGCGCGGCUCAACAAGCCAGAAUGGGCUUGUGACGCGCGCUUUGUCACGAACUCGGACCGCGUCGCUAAUAGGUCUGUCCUUGAAGAGAUGAUUGAGCACGAAACGAGAAAGUUAUCUACGAAGGAAUGGCAGGAAAGAUUCCAGGGCUCAGGACUGCCUUUUGCCGUUGUUAACGAUGUGCUUGGGACAAUGGGGCAUGAACAUGUACAAGCGCGGGGUAUGGUCCAGACAAUAGCGCAUCCGGCAUGCGGGCUAAUCAAGGUGAUUUCGCCGCCGGUGAAGUACUCAAAUGCGGAGCCGAGCAUUCGACGGGCGCCGCCAUUGCUGGGGGAGCAUACGGAUGAAGUUCUAAUGGAGAUUGGGCUUAGUGAGUUGGAGAUUGCAGGAUUGAGAAAAGAGAAGAUUGUCGCUUGA